CCUCGUGCCAGGGCUGCCUCCGUGCAGGGGUCCUAUGGCUUCGGUUUAUGGGCAGAAAAUAAAGACGUACGCGGAAUGCUUCCAGCUGCUGGACGAGUGCUCGCAGGUAUGCCGCGCUUACAGGGAAGCUGGUCUGCAGCUCGCCCCGCGGGAGGGGCGUCGAACGGUAGCCCUCCAGCGGCCGCGGCGGCGGCGGAGGCCUCCAGGGCGCCCUCCCAGAGGCCCACGGCGGUGAAGACGGGCGGGGCCGUCGCGCCUGCCGCCGCUCCGCAGCCCUGGACCGACCUCUUCAAGGAUCCGAAGAACCGGACGGACCCCGAGAAAGUGGGGGGCUUCUUCGCGGACCUGAAGGUACACUCGAGGGCACGCAGGGACUCCCUGCAAGGGUACCCCUGGCCCAGCUCGCUGGACCUCAUCCACGACUCUCUGCGUGCUUGGCCUUUCGUGUGGCCUCCCGAGGCCCUCAGGAACCCGGCGCGGCCCCCGCCCUCGCCCGUGGCGCCCGCGCGUGCGAUGGGGGGCGGCGAUGGCGAGGUCGCGAGCGGGGAUACCUUCCCCGGGAGUGUUUCGGGCGGGGCCAGCACCGGGGUCUCGGAGGGGAGCGGCUGGACGCAGAUGAAGUUCAUGCUCUCUGCGCGCCGGAAGCUUGUAGACCCCACGUCCGUUCUCGUGCGGAAGUCGGUCGGCGUGAUGAUGGGUGCCACCCUGGCGACGAAGAUGAAAAAGAUCCCUGGGAUCGAGGGUUCGCUGUUGCUCCAGGUGUGUUUUGCUGUCGUCCUGUGCAUGGCGGCGCGGGUCAUGGUUCUCUCGGCUUUCGGUUCGAAAGUCAAGAAGGCGCCGCCUACGGUCGACGUAGUCGCAAGCAACCUGACGUUUGCCUGGUCCACUUAUCUUUACCUGAACCAGGUGAUCCAUCGUUUUCUUCUCGGCUGCGAUGAGAAAAGGGUCGCCAAUUGCGGGUACCAGAACAAUCUGGGGUGCGCGGUGGCGGCCUCUGCCGGUUUUUACGUCCUGGUCAACGCGUGUGAUGCAAUCCAGGACGACUACAAUGAGAGGCACAACAAGUUUGCAGCCAAAUUCGGCAAACUAUGUCUCGCGGCCGCUCCGCUGGUCCUGGGUUGGAAUUGGAAAGACUUCAUGGAAGCUUCGGAAAAAGGCAUCCAGAAAGAGACUGAGCAAACUGGGCAUGGUCUUCCCGAGUUCUUACGAAUGGCGACAAUCUUCGGGCUUCUCGCUUGGUUCUUUCACAUGUACUGUAUAUCGGCAAGAACGGCGAGGAGACGAAGCGCACCAGAAUCGAACUCCGAGUAUGAGCAACGAGUGCUCAUUGUUGAAGAUAAGCUCUUCUUCCCUCUCAGCGUUUUUGAUGUCAGCUUCUUCGGUGAUGUACUCGAAUUUGUUGACCAAACUGCGCUCCAGAUGAUGGCCUGGGAGCUGAAGGGGGUGGUCGACUACUAUAGCGCGAGUCAGCCGCCCGGCGUCGUGAUAUUGGUGGCCCUUGUCGGAGUUCUCUUGUUCGCUCUGCUGCAACAGGUGGACAAGAUGGCGACGACCCCUGAGAGAUGGGCAGUUGCAUCUGAGAGGUGGAAGCUGGGUGCCAAAAUCCACCGCCGCUUCACGGAAGCGUUUCCCCUGGGAGUCGGAAUCGGGGUCAGCAAUGUCUGCCUGCUCCGGCGGAUCCGGGGCUGGGCCAACGCUGCGAUCCACGGUCCCGGGGCAGAGCUCGGCGUGAUUCAGCAGACGUGCGAGCUGCAGGUCUACUUCCUCGUGAUCGCCCUGCUUGCCUCCACGGAUCUGGUCGUCUCCGAGAGCUGCGGCGGCAGCCACAGCCACGUGUCGCUGCAUGUCGCCAGCCUCGACAGCAACAAGCAAACGGUGGUGGGGGAAGUGUUCUCGGGCAGCUUCCGCGACGCUUACCGAGGCGCUUCCGAGGCAUUCAACGCGAAGCGGAAAGCAUGGCACGAGGGAGGCGAGGGGGCUCCGGUUAUAGGACGCCUCUACGGCUCCAGAGGCAGAGUGCUGGAGGAGUUCUCAAGUGCCGGCAACCAGUGGAAACUGCUCGACAAUUGGAGCGACGAGCAGUUCCACCUCGAGGAGGCGCACAGUAGCGGGCCGGUCGCUCGGGCAGGCGAGGAGAAGUACAUGCCCCUGGCCGAGGCCGGCGGCCAGGGCUGA